UCCGCAUCACCCGUCGCGCAUAAACACGGAUUUUUUUCUCCAUUAACGAACUCGAUCAACAUGGUAAACGUGCACAAAGGAGUUCUCGUUGAAUGUGACCCUGCUAUGAAACAGUUCCUGCUUUACUUGGAUGAAACAAUGGCCCUCGGAAAGAAGUUCAUUCUCAAAGACUUGGACGACACACACGUCUUCAUACUCGCAGAAGUGGUGCAGACACUGCAGGACAGAGUGGGACAGUUAAUGGAUCAAAACUCAUUUCCAAUCACUCAGAAGUAACUGCGGUUUAUAUAAUGGACUCAAAGGUUUAUUAACAAGCUCUU